GAAACGGCACGGGCGAAAGAAGGGCGUAGGUUUGGACGAAAUCGGAGCGCGGCCGUUGAAGAAUGGCGCGCCGGGGAUGCGCUCGCAGUGUUGCCGGCCCCGGUGUCCGAUGUUCACUCAGCCCAUCCAAGCCCCGCGCGUAAUGGUGGGGCUUCACAGAGAAGCCAAGCGCUCGGGCGCGACCCGACCGGCUUCGUGGGUAUUAGCGCCGUGCCCCCCGCCCCGCCCGUAUUUUCGUAAGUGCCCCCCUGUUGGGCGUGCCGCCCCUUUGUGGGCCACCAAGGGCCCUGCCGGUUGGUGGUGGCUCCGUGUAGCGGGCGGCGCUCUUGGGUGUGUGUGUGUGGGUUCUCGCCUCCCUCGUCUGUUAUCAGUCCGGGCGCCCAGUGCCUGUGUGGCGCCAUAUAUUCUCUGCGCGCGCCCGCCGGGUUUUCUGGCGCGCCGCCGGACCUCCUUACCGGCCGGCCGCGCACAAAUGUAUGGGCCGAGUGCCCUUCUCGGCCGCGUCCCCUCGCGGCGGGCCUCGGCCGUCGGGGGCUCCUCCCAUUUGCACGGGACUGCCGGAGCGCCAGGGACAGGCGUGUAAGCGUCGCUCGUCCUGGCUCGGCGGUGAUUGUAUUGCGUUUAUUUCCGCAAGCCGGGGGUGUUAUUUGGCUCCUUUGCCAGCCGAACGUGCUAGCGCUGCAAGUUCUGCUCGCGGCGUGACUGACACUGCUUACCCCGGGUGUUGUGGACAGUGAAACGCAGCCGGGCCAGGAGGUUGCGAAAGAUAGAUAGAAAAACCGAAACCGCGAUAGGGUCCGGUGCCCUGUCUUGGA